AGCUGUCAUCCUGCGAAAAAAGUAAACAUUGAAGAUUGCACUUCGAGAAAAUUGUCGGAAAAAUACUUAAAUUCAAGUUAUUACCGGAAAAUCAGUGAUAAGAGAUCUCCAUCGCGAUGGGAGGCUGGCAACUCGAAGUGUUCCGAAUGGGUGUUUACAUGGCAUUUCCCGUGGGUCUCUUCUACUGGUUCAACCAGCCGGAGUAUUUCGAGAAGUGGGUUGUCGAGAAGAAGCGACAAAUGUAUCCGCCCGAGAGCAAAAAUAACCACGAUCAAAUUCAAAAUCUCAUAAAAGACAUGAAAGACAAGGACAAGGAAGUGUAUUUGAGGCAGUUGCAGCAAAUGGAUAGUAGAAAUUGAUUUUUUUGCUGAAUUUGGUUAAUAAAAAUAUUUAGUUUUUGAU